UCUGUGGUCACGGCGCCAGAUAGAGCGCCCUCGGCCCCGCGUGGGUGGGCCGGAAGAGGCGCUCUCCCAGCGUUCUGCGGGUGCUCCCUCCUUCCGGUGCGGCGCCAUCAGCGGAGCUGCAGGCAUGGCGAUCCGCUACCCCAUGGCCGUUGGCCUCAACAAGGGCUACAAGGUGACGAAGAACGUGUCCAAGCCCAGGCAGUGCCGCCGCCGCGGGCGCCUGACCAAACACACCAAGUUUGUGCGAGACAUGAUCAGGGAAGUCUGCGGCUUUGCACCCUAUGAGAGACGUGCUAUGGAAUUGCUGAAAGUUUCCAAAGAUAAACGUGCUCUGAAGUUCAUAAAGAAAAGGGUUGGCACUCACAUUCGGGCCAAGCGAAAGCGGGAAGAACUCAGUAACGUCCUGGCAGCCAUGAGGAAAGCUGCUGCAAAGAAGGAUUAAGUUGUACAGGCUGUAACAAUAAAGUCCUUUCUCACAAAAA